UGCACACUAGCACUUGUGGCAACGCUUAAAAGGUCUGGCAUCACUGAUUCAGAAACACGCGCAAAGAUAUGGAAAAUAGUAGUUAACUUAACACCGGUGUUUAUAUUAAAAUACUCUGCUUAAAUUAAGCCUGCUCAUUAAGGAACACAGCACUACCUCCGUGUAAAGAGUACGAGUACAAAAUCCAAACCCGACACAAGCUACCAUGGCUGGCGUACUUUUCGAGGACAUCUUCAACGUGAAGGACAUGGACCCGGAGGGCAAGAAGUUCGACCGAGUGUCCCGCCUGCACUGCGAGUCCGAGUCUUUCAAGAUGGACCUCAUCCUGGACAUCAACUCGUGGCUGUACCCCAUGGAGCUGGGCGACAAGUUCCGCCUGGUCCUGGCCACCACGCUGCGCGAGGAUGGCUGUCCGGACAGCGGGGAGUACAACCCCAUGGAGCACGAGGGCACGCGGGCGGACAGCUUCGAGUACGUGAUGUACGGAAAAAUCUACCGGAUCGAGGGUGACGAAGCGCACAACGAGGCCUCCCGGCUCUCCGCCUACGUCUCCUUCGGCGGCCUGCUGAUGCGACUGCAGGGAGACGCCAACAACCUUCACGGCUUCGAAGUGGAUCAGCACAUGUACCUCCUGAUGAAGCGGCUGGCCUUCUGAGUUUCCCUUCUACUUACUUCCGUUCGAAAAUUAGACAUAAACAACAAACUUUAUUUA